AUGGCCGGUGAUGACGAUGUUGCUCCAGGUGGUGUUCCUCCGGUGAGUGGAGCAACUGGUGGUGUUCCUCUGGUGGGUGGCGCAACCGGAGGUGGUGUACUUCCGACGAGUAGUGUGCCAGGUUUUGGUGUAGCAAGUGCUAGUGGUGCUCGGUCUGGUGAAGUUAGGGUCGUGUCGCCGUACACGUUGUACUCCUCGGAUAACCCUGGAGCUACAAUAACUCCAGUGUUGUUAAACGGAGAGAAUUACAACGAGUGGUCACUGGAGUUAGUUAAUGCGCUUCAAGCCAAGCGUAAGACAGGUUAUGUCAAUGGGUCAUUGCCAAAACCAGCAUUGGGAAGUCCUGAUCUAGAGAACUGGUUGGUGGUGAACUCUAUGAUCGUUGGUUGGAUCUGUGCCUCUAUUGAGCCAAAGGUACGAUCAACAGUGACAUAUAUCUCAGAUGCGUUUCAGUUUUGGGAGAAUUUGAAGCAACAUUUCUCGGUGGGAAACAAAGUGCGUGUGCAUCAGAUCAAGGUGCAACUAGCGUCGUGUAGACAAGAUGGUCAAUCGGUGUUGGAUUACUAUGGUCGUCUCUCCAAGUUGUGGGAGAAAUUACAGAUGUAUCAACCGAUACAUGGAUGUGUGUGUGGAGCAGAGGCAAAGAUGGCUAAUGAGAAGGAAGAGGAGAAGAUUCAUCAGUUUCUCAUGGGCCUUGAUGAUUCCCGUUUUGGCAAUAUUUGUACAAAUAUUAUCGGAACGGAUCCUCUUCCGGCUCUUGGGGAGAUUUACAACCAGAUUGUCCGAGAAGAACAGAGACUUGCCUCUGCCAAAUCGAGAGAACAGCAGCAAGACGCAGUUGGUUUUGUUGCACGUCAAUCAGGAUCAUCCAAUCCAUCUAAUAGCAGCCGUGGAAGAGGAGGAGGUCGAGGUGGAGCUGGAGCAGGUCGCGGACGAGGCCAAGUAACAACAGCUCAUGCAACUUCUUCGAAUUCCUCCACUUUUCCUGAGUUCAGUGCCGAUCAAUGGAAGAUACUAACCCAGAUGAUCCAGGAGAAGUCAGGAAGUAGUGUGUCCGACAAGUUGUCUGGUAAGGAGAAACUUGGUGAUGUUAUACUCGAUAUUGGUGCUUCACAUCAUAUGAAAGGAAAUCUGUCUCUGCUUACCAAUAUCGAGCAUAUCUCACCUUGA